CGAAAGAUGUUUCUACUUCCAAUAUGCCAGGUUGUUCCAUUUUUCCGUAAUUGAAUUUUGUUUUUCUUUUUUCUUUUAGAUUGUUCUUAUGCUGAAGAAAUGGCCGACAGAGAAGAUGAUCCUGAUCGCAUAGAGGAUUUGCUUCGUCGAAUUAAAGAGUUGGAAAAUAAGGUGGAGGAACUAGAAGAAGGUUUUGGUAUUAGACUAUGUAAAACUGGAUUUUUUAAUUUAGAUUUAAAACACGAAAGAGAAUUGAACUCUCUAUUAAAAAUGAAGUUAUUGGAAAACGAUCGACCCCAAUCGCCUGAACUUCCAUGUCGUUUGAUCGCCCCAAGUCCUUCUCGGUAUAAGCCCUUGCGUGAGGUAUCGCGGCAAGGUUUUGAUAAGAGGGUUGAGAGUGAAGCUGCACAAAUUUUAAAAAAGCACAAUAUUACUCAAGGAUCAUCCCCAGCCAAAAAAUUUGCCUUAAAAUUAAAAACAAAAAUUUCCGGAUUAUCGCCAAAAAAACCGAAUGACAUAAAAUUAACAGAAGAUGAAGAUAUACUAAUAUGUGUAAAAGCCGGAAUCUCUUGGAAUGCCCGAAGAAUAAUAAAAAAAGAACUUUACUCAAGGGGAUUGGAUAUAUUUUCCCCAACAACUUCCAUGGACUCUCGACGCCGGUUUAUUGGUUCUUUAGCUGAUUUUAAAUGGGUUGGGGAUGAGACAGGUAAUUUCAAACGUGUAUGUUUUUAAUAAAUGCUAACAGAUGCACGUGCACUAAUUUGUCUGAAUAUAAAAGAAGUAAUUACUAACCGGAUAAAAGCACUCAAGAACUCAAAGAAAUUACUUCUUCGGAAGAAUGGAGUAGUUUCUAUUGUGAUGACAGGUUAUUUGUUAUUUAUGCCGUCUAUGUUUUAUGGCCGAAACGGCUUUUUUGGUUUUUUUGCGGGUAACAUACUGAAGAUGGCCAACCCGCAUCCACUGAAUUUAAUACUAUCUAUAUUUUUAAGGUGAUAAAGGAGGCAUUCAAGGUUCUACAAAAAUUGGUCUUAUGCUUGUUGACGUUGCUCAUCCAAACAGUUUUAUUUUAUUUUUUAAUAUUUAUUUUUUACUUAGGUCCUUCUAAUAUAACCAUUGCCGCGUAUUUUGUUGGCAAUGAUGACCGUAAAAACCUGGAGCGAAGAUUAGGCCCACUGUUUGAACAACUCAAAGAAUUGUGCAAAAUAUAUGUCUGUGGAUUACAAAUUGAAUUACUAAUAUCCGCAGACUAUAAAUUCCUAUGUUCCUUCUUUGGACAUAGAGGUGCAUCUGCCAAACACCCAUGCAUUUUAUGUAAAGCUGAACGUCCACUCCCACUCGAAUCGGCAGAGGAAAGAACAUUUCCACUUGGUUUGCAUGAUCAUCUCCAUAAGUUUAUUUUUUAUUUAGAUGGGUUCAGUAUUCAAGUUGG